AUGGAUUCAUCCCAAAAAGAUAAACUGGUGGUAGCGAAGAACAAGUUACAUCAAAUUCACUUGGAGGCAGAAGAGAAGAAAAGACUGCAAGCAGAAAAAGAACAAAUUCAGGCGGAGAAUAGGGCAAAGCGAGCAGGAUCUAGAGCUCCAGCUCCAUCGACACAGCCAAGUGGGAUGCCUGCGUCUACGAUUGUCGGGAUUUUGGAGGAACCCGCGGGCACUGAAGACGCUGAUGGCGAACCAAUCGAUCCUACCGGCACGGAAGCAGGCCCGAAUGUUGGGUUGGAGAUGGACGGUGAUGACGAGUCUUCAGAGGCAGAAAAUGAGAAGAAGUUUAAAUUAGCCUUGAAGAAGAAGAUUUCAACCCGUCAAGUAGAAGAGCAAGUCCCAAGCCUUGAAAGGAGCAGUAGAAGAAUUAAAGAUAAGAGUAAUCUUACUGACUAUGGUUUUUGCUUCUUCGCGUGGCAAUUCUUUUCAGUUCCCACGGCGGCGGACAAGCAGAGUGGUCCCCCUCAGAAUCUAUCCAUGAUGGACGAGCUUAACUGGGCAGUUGAAUUCGGUACUGCCGAAGAAGCACGAGCGGCUCUGGUCAAAGUCGAUGCGGUUCUGAAAAGAGCUACCCACCUCGACGCCCCUCCAGCAGGGAGAGGAGACAAACCUCACCUAGAGGAAGACGGCCCCGAGCCUUCGGCACCUCUGGAUCGGCCAGCUACGAAAUCCUCGAAACCAAAGAGGAAACCAUCAGUUAGCGAGGAGGACCCUUCCUCCCCUCCGUCAAACUCUGAGGAAGAAACACCCAAGAGACGACCAAAGAAACGGUCAAAGUCGAAGAAGAAGAAGUCCAAGAAAUCUUCAGACGACCCCUCCUCCUCCGGCGACUCAACUCCUUCGGAGCUACCCACUUCAGAUGACUCCUCGGCACUCCAUGUUCUAACGCCCGGAAAGAGUCCUGACCUGAGUGUGGUCGCACGUCUUUCGACAGAGUCAAAUGUAGUAGAAGGAUCGGGGGCGUCCGGCACUUUUGUGAAGAAGAACAAUUUUUACAAAGGCGGCAAACAAAACGGCAGUGCUGGGACACAAAAGUCACAGGUUGCGGAGUCGACUGAAAAGUGA